AUGGAGUCAAGCGAUAAUAAUAAUCGAUCAGUGGUCGACAAAAUAUCUCCCCCAAGCUCCCCGUCGCCCUCCCCUUUCAGAUCAACUAAUCACAACAAGUACUCAUCAUCAACUUCUUCUCCUUUACCCGUGCCAAACCUGUCUCCAAACAGAAAAAAAUUGGCCAGCAAAACAGUAUACGGAGACCGUUAUAUCCCUAACAGAAACUCCGUCGAUAUAUCAGCAGCAUUUUCCCUCAACCACCAUGUAUUCUCGUCUCCGUUAAAUGACACCAACCAGGACCCCGAAAGUGACUUGGAUUUGAAGAGAAAACAAGAAGCAAACCUUACAUUCUCAACCAUCUUGAAAGCAGAGUUAUUUGGUGACAAUGUGCCAAGCGCCACCCCGCCUUCUCGUAUCGGCAACAUUAACCGCCCAUACACCUCAUCAUCAUCGGCAUCGGUCCUCAACAAUCUUAACAGUGCUGGCAUAAUAAAUAAUGAACAAACUCCCCCAAGAGCCCAGAAUGAUAUCAAUACCAAUGUAAAUGACGUUGACAAUCUUGACUUCUUUGGGCCAGCCAUCAACAAUAAUGGCUCAAGUUCUCAUUCCCCAUCAAAUCAUCAAGCUAAUAGCCUGAACAAUUUUGACUUAAACCACGCCCUAAUAAAUGAUCUUUCGACGAGAAGAAGAAGAAGAAGAAGAAGCUCCCUAACACGAGAUAGUCCCGAGAAAGUCAUUGUCACUUCUCCCAAAUCAUCGUCAAAUUUAUUGACUUAUAAAUCACCAAGAAAAAUCAAAUCAACUUCUACCUUUAAUGCUGACGUUACCAACGAAAUAUAUUCCUUAUCCCCAGUCAGACCGGAUUCCCAACGGUUACUACUAUCACCUCAAAGGAAACCCAGACAAAUAUCAAAGGUACCGUACCGUGUUCUCGACGCCCCGGAAUUGGCCGAUGACUUCUACCUCAAUUUGGUGGACUGGAGCUCCCAAAAUAUUUUGGCUGUUGGGCUAGGUUCAUGCGUAUAUCUAUGGGAUGGUGUAACCGGCUCCGUAGAUAGACUUUGCGACUUGGGCGACAACAAUAAAAUCACUAGCUUGUCGUGGAUUGGCGCAGGUACUCAUUUGGCAAUAGGAACCAAUAUGGGGUCGGUAGAAGUUUGGGAUGCUACAAUGUGUCGAUGUACAAGAACUAUGACCGGCCACAUUUCCCGUGUUGGCUCACUAGCAUGGAACGAACAUAUUCUAAGUUCUGGAUCAAGGGACCGAUCAAUUUUGAAUAGAGACGUCCGGGUUCCCGAGCAUUAUAUUAAUAAGCUUGAAAAUUUCCAUCGUCAAGAGAUUUGCGGUCUUCGAUGGAACGUCGAAGAAAAUAAAUUGGCUAGUGGGGGUAAUGACAACAAACUACUCGUUUGGGAUGGAUUCAAUACCUCAAAGCCGUUGCACAGCUUCGAAGAACAUACUGCAGCCAUCAAGGCAAUUUCUUGGAAUCCUCACCAACGUGGUAUACUAGCAUCAGGCGGAGGUACGGCUGACAGACGAAUCAAAAUUUGGAACACUAUUACAGGUACCAAAUUAAAUGACAUCGACACUGGAUCUCAAGUGUGUAAUUUGAUUUGGUCCAAAAAUUCUCAUGAGUUGGUCAGCACCCACGGUUACUCAAAAAAUCAAAUUGUCAUCUGGAAAUACAAUCAAAGCAAUAAUGGCACAGCAUCCCCAAAUAUUCCUGUUACUCAUUCUGCAACAAACAAUUCGUACGAAUUGACACAAAUUGCUUCGUUGACUGGACAUACAUACAGGGUGUUGUAUUUGGCAAUGAGUCCAGAUGGUGAAAGUAUUGUGACUGGCGCUGGUGAUGAGACUCUCAGAUUUUGGAAAGUGUUUGAGAGAAAUAGGAAUGAUAACCAAAACAGUAUACUAUUGAAGUCAUUCAUGCAAUUGAGAUGA